GAAAAUUGACAUUCGCCAGUCAGAAUCGAUCUUCUCCUGAGCUCCCGUUUUUACCAUUUUGUGCCUUUUUUCUACUUUUCCCUUUUAUUUUCUAAUUACAGGAUUUUCGCACCUGCCACAAUGAUAAGUCGGAAUACCAAGAACGUGCUCGUGGUGUCAUUUGGGUUUUUGUUCCUGUUCACAGCUUACGGAGGACUGCAGAGUCUACAGAGCAGUCUAAAUGCCGAAGAAGGAAUGGGCGUUAUCUCGCUGAGCGUCAUCUAUGGAACCAUCAUUCUGUCCUCUAUGUUUCUGCCUCCCAUCAUGAUCAAAAACCUGGGCUGUAAAUGGACCAUCUUUCUCUGCAUGGCCUGCUAUAUCAGCUAUUCUUUUGGAAAUCUCUUCCCUGGAUGGCCGAGUCUGAUCGCUACAUCUGCUAUUCUGGGUUUAGGAGGCUCUCCACUUUGGUCUGCUAAAUGCACCUACCUUACAAUCAGUGGGAAUCUACAGGCAGAGAAGGAUAACAAGAAAGGCCAGGAUAUCAUCAACCAAUACUUUGGCAUGUUCUUUCUUAUCUUCCAGUCAUCUGCCGUAUGGGGAAACCUCAUGUCAUCACUUAUAUUUCAACAAGACACUAACAUAGCUGAAAUCCCUGAGGAGAGAAUGCAAUUCUGUGGGGCUGCUCUUUGCAACGAGAACUUCACCACCACAGGGAACUUCACACGGCCGAAACAGGAUCUCGUCAACAUACUGAUGUGCUGCUAUAUUGGUGUGGGGGUUCUGGCGAUGUUGCUUGUGGCAAUUUUUCUGGAGAACAUUGAUGUAAAAGAAGCAAAAGAGUUUCGGAACAACAAAGACAACCACUUCUUCAGUACCUUCCUGGCCACGUUCAAGCUUCUAAGAGAUAAGAGGUUGAUAAUGCUCAUACCUUUGACAAUGUACAGCGGAUUUGAACAAAGCUUCCUCGCGGGCGAAUACACCAAGAAUUAUGUAACCUGUGCAUUGGGAAUCCAUUAUGUCGGCUUUGUGAUGAUCUGCUUCGGAGCUGUGAACUCGUUGUCCUCGUACACGUUCGGGAAACUUGCGCAGUACACCGGGAGGAUCGCCCUUUUUUGCUUCGCCGCUGUGAUCAACCUGAGCUCGGCAAUAGCGCUGCUGUACUGGAGGCCUCAUCUGGACCAGCUCGCCGUCUUCUUCGUGUUUCCUGCUCUUUGGGGUAUGGCAGAUGCUGUGUGGCAAACGCAAACCAACGCUCUAUACGGCAUUCUGUUCCCUCAACACAAGGAGGCAGCGUUCGCUAAUUAUCGCAUGUGGGAGUCUUUGGGCUUCGUCAUAGCCUUCGCAUACAGCACUUACAUCUGUCUAUCCACAAAACUCUACAUCCUCAUCUCAGUCCUUCUGCUGACCAUGCUGACGUACCUGUGGGUGGAGUACAACGAGUACAAGAAUCCUACUCCUGCAGUGAGACAUAACAAGGACGUGCUGGACGACAUGCAGCUUAAAGACAAGGAGAAAACACAGAUUGUCAGUCAGACAAAAUUAUAGACGAAGAGGAUAGAAUCGGUUUUUGGUUUUUUUUGGAUUUAGGAAAGGAUCAUCAAUGUGUGGUUCUUAUAGCUAAAGUCUUUACAUUUCUAUAUGCAAACAAACCAAAAAAUGUAUAUCUAAUCAUAUUAUUAUUAUUAUUAUUAUUAUUAUUAUUAUUAUUAUU